AUGCUAGCUCCCAAAGAAGAGAAAGAGAAAUUUGAAUACCCGUCGAAGAAUGUAACAAUACAGAAAGUUGUUCGGUCAUUUGGUUCUCCCUCAGGCCUAGCUGUUGAUUCAACCAAUGAGCAUCUCUACUGGGUUGAUGAUGAUGGACACCGACUCGUAAGAAGCAAUCUAGACGGAAGCAAUGUGACUGUGUUAUCAAAACUAAGUAAUCCUUUUGUGAUACGACUUGAUCUUACAAACAGGUGGGUGUAUAUAGUUCAAAACUAUUUAGGAAUAUCUAAGUCUAGCAUCGACUUAAAUCAUGAGUUGCGAAGAAUCGUUAACUUCACAUCAACAUAUGUUGCAUGCAUGGAUAUAGACACAGACGAACAAAGACUAUAUUGGAUUGAUAACAAUGGUGACAUAUUAUCAGCUGUAGACGAUGGCUCUGAUGUUAAACCAAUACUUUCAACACACCACAGAAGAACACACUAUGCAAUGGGUGUCGUUGGAAGUCACAUAUAUUAUGCCACAGACAGCCAGUUGUUAGUGGUACCAAAAUUACAAGGAUCCACUCCUAUACUUCUGUAUAACGAUACCAGCAGAAUUGACAGUAUAUUUGUGUUUAAUGUACAAGGUAUAUCAUUAGUCAUCUAUAAUCACUUAUUAUGAUAACCUUCCUCAUCAAUUGACUAUAGUUUAAAAUAUCAUAUACCGUAUCAAACACACAGGCAUAUCAUAUAAGAAUGGUUAGAUUAUCUCACGAAUUACUUCUUUCAGCAUGACAUUUGAGCAUGUAUGCAAGCAAAGUAAUUUGUUGUUAUGCGAAAGACAAGGAAAUGGUUAAUAUCUCCAAUACUGACUAUUUUUAAAGAAUUAAAAAGGUUGAUUUUAGCAUAAAUUCUGUUUUAAGUACACAUUAUGACUAAAUCUAAAUAAUUACAGCACGAAUGAGUCAAUGCUUUUGUGAUUUCUUAACUGAAUCGACAAUAAAACGUCAAUGAAAGCAAUGCAACACCAUAUGUUUUUGCACACAGUUGAAAAACUAAAUCACCAGUUCUUCGAAUUAUCAUUAGAUAUAAUCCUACAAAUAUGUUAUUACAUUGUAUUUUGUUUUCAUACGUUUUAUGUUUUUGGUAUCUAUUAUUUAUUCUUAAUUGCUUGUUGCUUACUAACAUUUGAUAUUCAGAUUUUUAUUUUUAUUUUAUAUCUUGUGAAUUUGAUUAACUAAAUUUUCAUGUGUAGUUUAAUCUUAACGUUGGCUUCAAUGUUUUCCAUGGAAAUUGUAUCUGCAAUGUUUCUAUUAGAUAAUUUAAAUUAUAUUCGUAUUCUGACGAUAGUCUUUACUGAUGAAAUUUAUUUAUGUUGAUUGUUUUUGCUGUUGAACAUGUUGAAUGUUCAAUUUUAUGUCUUCAAUCUCGUUAACCUAUUUAUAUAUUUGUUGGGUAAUGUCAUGAAAUAAGGUGACGAAUCUGUUAUUUGUAUUGUCAUAAAUUUGACAAAUAUUAUGAUAAGGUAACUUUAAUGUUCAAUGAUGAAAAUAAUGCAAUUGCUAUAAAUGAAUGACUCAACUGAAACAAGAUGUAAGUAAUUUGACUGUUAGUUUUUAAUCAAAUCAAUAAACAACUUUGCGUUAUUAGAAUUUAACUACACAUCUGUAUCACAAUCAGCUCACCUGAGUUGUUUUGUAAUUGAAUAGAAUCACGCUUUUAUCGUUUUAAUUUCAAUCAAACACAUAUUCUAUACUGCACUCUUAUUACAAACCUGCAAACAUGUGGUAUCAUUUUCAACUUUUCUUUCUCUCUAAUUGAAAAGCAUUAUCAUGGACAUGUUUUUAAAUAAACUAAGUCUGACUCGAAGGAAUAUAUACUGUAUACAAAUGGACAUAUGACUAAGUAGUAAAACACCCGAGGAAAAAAAAAAUAGUAUAAGACACACUUAUUGAGGGCUUUAUCGUCUUUUUCUUUCUUUUUUCAUUUUGAUACAUCUUAUCUGAGUGUAAUGCAAUGAUGUUAGUACCAGAUUGACUUCAGAAUGAGGUGCAAAGAUCAUAUCAUUAGCAAUAGAACAGAAGUAUACAUCAUUGAUGUAGAAAAUAUACGGGUCCAUCUGAGUCGUAACAAAACUGCAAAAAGUAGUGUCAGAUAUAGAUAGUUAUACUAUGUCAACUAGAGGUGACAGUCAAACAAGUUGAGAUUGACUGAAUUAAUAUGCCAAAUAAAAACAAGGAAAAAAGUUACCGAAAGUAUUAUUGUAUAUCAGAAGUGAACUAGAAUUUUAAAAUCAAUAACGUAUGGAUAAU